AUGCAUCGCUCUGUGCGACUCACUGUGGCUGUGGCGGUGGUGGUGGAAGCAUGGAGCCGAGCAGGAGCAGCUGGGCAGCGCUGCUCCCCAGGCCUGGCUCCAGCCGUGCCGCCAGGUCGGGCCGUGGCUCUGCUGCUUGCUGGCUGGAGCACAGCCUUCAUCCUGGGAGGGAGGUGUCCUAGGGAGAGCUCAGAAGAUGUGUGCUGGAGACACAAGAGCGUUUUCUGCCCCAAGCUUGUGGUACUCCCCAUAGAUGACUCCCAGUUUCCAACACAGAGCCCCGGCCCACAGCCCAGAGGAGGAGACAGAUGUGCUUUCCUCCAGGGCUUCGGUGCAGCCUUCCUUUGUGUGCAUCAGAGCCUUCCCAGUAAGAAAGCCCCGAGGGGCUGCAUCUUCUUCCUUGUGGUCUGUGAGGGAUGCGGCACGUGGCCUGGAGGGAGUCUUGUGUGCCCUGCCAGGUGCCAGCCUGCAGCUCAUCCUGGCCGCUCUGCAACUUUGGAAAUCGGGACCCGAGUCCUUCUCCCAGCCUGUCCCACGACCCACAUCCAGUUACUGCGGGGGAAGGAGAUCACGCCGUGCAGUGGGUCCUUCUCUCAUCUGUUCUUGAUUCUAGAUGAUGAGCUCGGUGCUCUCUUUCUGGAUGACCUCUUGGAUCCAGAUUUCACACCUGUGCCCAAGGCACAACCCAGAGGCCCUGCUGGCGAAUCAGAACGGAAUCCUGUCCAUGAGCCUGAGGGGAAUGCUGGAGAUGUGAAUGGAGGAGGUGAUCCAGCUUCCCCUCUGAGCUCUGAGACCGAAACCCGGGCGGAUGGCAUGGGUCUGGAAAGGGGAAAGGAUGAAUCCAACAGAGGGAAAUUCUCCCAGGGGUCUUACCAUCCGUGAGAGCUGCUGAAGGAAAUGGACGUGGCAGCUCGUGGGCUGAAUGCAGGGAAAAGCACAAAGGCUGCUGUUGGCAGAUCUGUGCGGCAGCGUCACGUGGCAGUGAUGGUGCUGCUCUCAGCUGUGCUGCUGUCUGCGCUGGUGCUGGCCUGCAUCGCUGUGUCGCGGACGUGGAACAAAUGCCUUGUGUGCAAGAGGGGAGAGAGAGCAGCAGAGUGAGCUCAUCCUGACACCGUCUGGGAGGGAAUUCCAGCUGGAGAUGAAGUGGAGAGUGGAGAGGCAACGAGAGAGAUCCUUGCCCAAGCAAACAAGAGCCUCAGCAAUAGUUUCAGUCCAUUCCGUUCUGCCAUCCCAGAGGCCAGAGGUGUUCAGACUCGUCUGGAAGACCUGGAGCGUGAACUCCAAGCCAUGAAAGAGGUCCAUGGGAACAGACCUCUGGGUGAGUGCUCUGUGGGUGAAUGCUGCUUCCUGUCAGAGGAUGGCCCUGAAAGUGAAAGCGGAGGAUCAGUGGCAGAGCAUUCGCCCUUCACCCUCUGUUCCCCAGGACGAGUUCGAAGAUUCUUAGCUCGCCACAGCUACCGGUUCUAAUGAGGACCCAGAAAGCGAGCUUCCUCUGACUGCCGGACAGCACGUUUAUGUCUUUGGAGAUGUGGAUGAGGACGGCUGGUUUCUGGGAGAGCUGACGGAUGGCACGAGAGGGCUGGUCCCUUCCAGUUUGGUUACAGAGGUUUCAGAUGAUGAGCUGGACACAACGAUGCCUCCCGAGCUCAGUGAUUUCCUGCUGGAAACGGAUGAUUGUGUCGAUGCAAAGAGUCCAUAAUGCAGCAACAUCCUGUCACAAUUCUUGCCUCACUCCAUCUGCAAGACGACCCCCUGCUCCACUUGAUGUUCGAGUGAAGCGUGAGCAGGAUGUGGAUGAGCUCCUCAUGGGAUGAUCUGAGAUGACUGGCAGCGUGACUGCUUGG